GAGUCGCGCGCUAUUCUGUCCUCUCCAAAAAAAUAAAAAACUGAUCUUCUUCUCCAAAUCCAAUUAAUCUUUUCGUUUUUCAAUUGGAUUGGUUUCCUCCUUCUAUUAAUCUCCUCCAUAGAAAAACCCUUCCUUUUUUUAGCCUCGAAAAAAAUUUUUCUAUUUCUCUCGUUUCCUUGAGCUUUUCAAUGACCUUUUUCAUCUUUGAUUCUUAAAAGAAUUUAAUUCAACGACACCACCACCGACCUUUUGUUCCCUCCUCCUCUUCUUCUUCCCAUUCUAUAGAAUUUAAUUCAAAGUCAACUUUUUCGUCUACAUAUCUCUUUAAAUACGCUUUUUCGUUUCAUUUAUUUUUCUGGGGUAUUUUUUUUAUUUUGUUUUUUUAUUUUGCAUACUCUACUUUGCAUGCCCGUUUUUCCUUCUUGGGUUUUCUUUGUUAUUGGUUUUUCUGGGUUUGUUCCUUUUUUGUUUUUAUUUUUUUUAUUUUUUAAAAAUUCUGGGCCAUUGGUCUUGGUCAGCUAGUGGUGGGAAUUGCGUCGUUUUCUUAGGGGCUUUACUUUUUCUUUUUUGUUUUGUGUUUGUUCUUUUCUGUUUGCAAUUAUUUAAUAGUUGGUGAUGGGGAAAAUUUUGUUUUUUAUUUCAGCUACAAUGUUUAAUUUAUUUCGGGUCUAAAUAAAACACUAAUUUUCCUUUUUUUUUAAAAUACAAAAUCACAAAUUUUGGUUAUAAGGUCAAUAUUGUAUAGAGUUCUAAUAAGAUUUGGGGUUGGUAAAACUGGGUUUUAUAUCUGAUCAUAUUUAUAGGUUGUUUUACCUGUUUUAUUUGAUUGAUAUUUGGUCUGCUGUUUUGCUUCUUUUAUUGUACUUUAACUUCAUAAUCAGUUUUGCUCAUGUCAGGUUAAGGUAAUAAAUAGAUAGGUUGAACCUUGGUUUUGUUUUGUUUUGUUUAUUUUCAUAAGUUUUUAGUUGGUGAUUUUGUUAUUCUAUGAGCAUGGAUUUGAAGUGUGGAGAGGAAGGUGGUGGUGUGAAGACACCUAAGAAAUCAGAUGAACAACAAGGAGGUGGAAAUUCGAAGAUGAAGGGUACUGGAGGCAUUAGUAGCAAAGAUAUGAUCUUUAGAGCUGAUAAAAUUGAUUUAAAAAGCUUAGAUAUGCAGCUGGAGAAGCAUCUGAGCCGGGUUUGGUCUAGAAACAUUGAGAACCGAAGGCCUGUAGAGGAGUGGGAGAUUGAUUUGGCUAAGUUGGAUUUAAGGCACGUUUUAGCUCAUGGAACCUAUGGGACAGUGUAUCGUGCCACUUAUGAUAAUCAAGAUGUUGCAGUUAAGCUGUUGGACUGGGGCGAGGAUGGUAUUGCAACAACAGCUGAAACUGCUGCUCUGCGAGCUUCAUUUCAGCAAGAGGUUGCUGUUUGGCACAAGCUUGACCAUCCUAAUGUUACAAAGUUUGUUGGGGCCUCAAUGGGAACUUCAAACCUUAAGAUUCCUCCAAAAAAUCCUUCAGCUGAUAGCCACAAUUCCCUUCCUUCUAGAGCAUGCUGUGUUAUAGUGGAGUAUCUCCCUGGUGGCACACUGAAACAAUACUUGAUAAGAAAUAGGCGAAAGAAACUUGCCUUGAAGGUUGUGGUCCAACUUGCUCUAGACCUCUCUAGAGGUCUUAGCUACCUACACUCGAGAAAGAUUGUACAUCGUGAUGUCAAAACGGAGAACAUGUUAUUAGAUGCUCACAGAAAUCUCAAAAUUGCUGAUUUUGGUGUUGCUCGUGUUGAAGCUCAAAAUCCAAGGGACAUGACUGGUGAAACUGGUACUCUUGGAUACAUGGCUCCAGAGGUUCUUGAUGGUAAGCCCUACAAUAGAAGAUGUGAUGUCUACAGCUUUGGCAUUUGCUUGUGGGAAAUUUAUUGCUGUGAUAUGCCUUAUCCAGAUCUUAGCUUUGCUGAUGUGUCAUCUGCUGUUGUUCGACAGAAUUUACGACCAGAGAUCCCGAGAUGCUGCCCGAGUUCAUUAGCAAACAUAAUGCGAAAAUGCUGGGAUGCAAACCCGGAGAAACGACCUGAAAUGGAUGAGGUAGUGAGGAUGCUAGAAGCAGUUAAUACAAGCAAGGGAGGAGGGAUGAUACCAGAUGACCAUAUGCCAACUUGCUUCUGUUUGACCCCUGCACGUGGUCCAUGAUUCUAGAGCCCGGAUUAGCAAUGUUGUUUAAAAAAAUUAGUUUUUUGGUGUUUUUAUGUAACUGUCACAGUUAUAAGAAAAGUUUUACCACCAUUGAAAUUAAAUUGGUGCCUUACUUUUAAAUUUUUA